AUAUAUACAUAUGCGAAAUUAUAGCAUGUAACUAGGUGUUAGUGAGAUCGGGGUUAUGGCUCAGGUUAGUGUAAGAUUAUAUGGUCAGUUCAAUAAAAGCACUCAUGGUUGAAUCACGUAAUAUUGGCGACGAGGAUAAAAAAGGUCACAGCAGAGAAUCUGCAAGUAAAAAGAUGAGUCAAAUAGGAAACAUAGAGCCCUACGUAAUGGGAGAAAGUUUCAAAGAGUAUAUUCAUCGGCUGGAGAUGUAUUUCACCGUCAAUGAUAUUGCGGUAGAAAAAAAAGUGCCAGUGUUGAUCACAAUGGCUGGUGCGUCGUUGUAUUCGGUAGCAAUAAAGUUGUGUGCACCGGAUGAUCCACGAGAUAAAACGUAUGCAGAUUUAGUGAAGGUGUUGGAGAAGCAUUUCAAGCCCAACGUGAACGUUGUGUCCGAGCGUUAUCUACUCAGAAAGUGUAAGCAGACAGCGGAACAGUCGAUUGCUGAUUACAUCAUUGAGCUGAAGGCAGCGGCACAGACGUGUGAUUUCGGCAGUUUCUUAUCAGACGCUCUAAGAGAUCAAUUUGUGGCUGGCGUGUACGAUCUGGAGCUUCGCAAACGGCUGCUGAAGAAGGAAGAUUUAAAAUUCGUGCGAGCAUGUGAAAUCGCUCGAUCUUGGGAAGCAGCGCAGGAACAGAACGAGGCAAUGACCGACAGAGAGAGAAACGUGUUGGCGGCCAUGCAGAAAGCAGCAAAGCAGCAACCGGUGAACCAGCAGCGAGGGCAACAGGUGAUGUGUCGGCGGUGCGGCAAAGGUCAUGACCCGUUAAACUGUCCUGCGCGAACCUGGAAGUGUUAUGUGUGUGGGAAGCAAGGGCACGUAGCGAAAGUGUGUCGUGGUCGAUCGUAUCAGAGAGGCGUACGAAAAGUAGAAGGAACUAAUACAAGUGUACCGCAAAUGAUCACGUUAGUGUGCGAUGGAAAAAAAAUAGUUUUUGAAAUAGAUUGUGGUGCGUGUGCGAGUGUGAUCUCGCAAAAGACAUAUACGGAUGUAUUUAGCCAAGUAGAGGUGAAGACGACCACCAUGUCCUUUAUAUCGGCGUCGGGUCAAUCGUUAAAACCCAUCGGUAAAAUUGAAGUGAAGGUUAGGAUGCCGAAGGCGGAAAAAGAAGAAAAGUUAGAGUUGGUGAUUAUACCUACGGAAAGGGAAGUAAGUCCUUUAUUAGGACGAGAUGGGUUGGAUUUAUUAUUUCCAAACUGGAGAAAAGUGUUUGAGAUAAAAGCUAUAGAAACGGAUCUAGUUAUGGAAAUAGCAAAGAAAUUUCCGAAAGUUAUAAAAUCAGGAGAGAACGAAACAAUUGAAGGUUUUAAGGCGGAUUUAGUAUUAAAGGCAGGUUGUGGUCCUGUAUUUCAUAAAGCGUACCCAGUGCCAUACUCAAUGCAGACGAAAGUAGAAGAAGCUUUAGACAAGCUUGUAGCAGAAGGUGUUUUACGGCCAACACGAUUUUCAAAAUGGGCAAGUCCAAUUGUAAUAGUUAAGAAGCAAGAUGGAAGUAUACGUUUGUGUUUGGACGGUAAAGUGGUAUUGAAUAGGCAAUUAUCAGUGGAACAUUACCCGUUACCGAAAGUGGAAGAUAUUUUUGCUAAAAUAGCAGCAUGGAAGGUAUUUUGCAAGAUAGAUUUGUCGGGUGCGUACUUGCAAGUGUUAUUAUCGGAAACGUCUCGUGAAAUAUGUACGGUAAAUACGCAUAAGGGAUUAUUUCAAUAUACUCGUAUGCCUUUUGGCAUACAUUCAGCACCGGCAAUAUUUCAAUCGUUGAUAGAUCAAGUAUUGCAAGAUACAGAAGGAAUCGCGUAUAUCGAUGAUAUUUUGGUAGGAGGUACCGAUGUGCAGCAAUGUAAAGAGCGUUUAUACAAAAUCUUGUGGAAAUUGAAUACGCAUAAUGUAAAAAUCAAUGUGGCCAAAUCAGUCUUGUUCAAAAGCAGUAUUGAGUAUUUAGGAUAUAUAAUAUCAGACAAGGGUAUUCACCCUAACGAGUCUAAAGUGAGAGCGAUUGUUAACGCACCCGUUCCAAAGAAUGUAACGCAACUGCAAGCUUAUUUAGGGUUAGUGAACUAUUAUCAUCGCUUCAUACCCAAUUUAGCAAAUUUAUUACAUCCUUUGUAUAACCUUUUGAGGAAACAAACUAAGUUCGAAUGGACGGAGCAGUGUCAAAUAGCGUUCGAUAAGUCGAAAAAUCAGUUAGUAGAUCAUCAAGUGUUAAUACCUUAUGAUGAGAGCAAACCGUUGGUAUUGCAAGUGGAUGCCAGUCCUUAUGGUGUAGGAGCAAUUUUAUCCCAUAUAAUCCAUGGUGAGGAAAAACCAAUAGGGUUUGCAUCAUCCACGUUAACUGCAGCGCAAAUGAAUUAUGCACAAGUGCAUAGGGAGGCAUUAGCGGUAAUAUUCGGCAUAAAAAAAUUUCACAAAUAUGUGUAUGGAAGGGCAUUUAAACUAAUUACGGAUAACAGUGGCGUCAAGGAAAUAUUCAAUCCGUCGAAAGGAACUUCUGCAAUUACAGCAGCAAGGUUGCAACGUUGGUCCUUAUUUUUAGCGAAUUAUAAUUAUUCGAUUGAACAUAAGGCAGGGAAGUUAAUGUCAAAUGUAGAUGCCAUGUCCAGAUUACCGUUGCCUGAAGAAAAUGAACUAGAAAAUGUGAAUUUGGGAGUAAAUGUGCUAAAAGAAAAUUCACAAAUUGAAAUCGAGGUGAUAAAAAAACACCAAUUACAAGAUGGUGAAAUCAGGAAUGUUUAUAAUUUGGUGAAAUAUGGAUGGAAAAAUAAUUUAGAGCCAGGGUUGAAAGUUUAUAACAAAGUGAAAAAUCGUUUAGGAAUAGAAAACGGAAUAUUAUUUUUCGAUGAUAGAAUAGUGAUUCCAAAAAUGUUAAGAAAUGAUAUACUCAACAAAUUUCACGCAAAUCACGAUGGUAUCGUAAAGAUGAAAAUUAGUGCGAGGAAGUUUGUUUGGUGGUUGGGAAUGGAUAAGCAUAUUUCGGAUUUUGUAACAGAAUGUUCGAUUUGUCAAGCUUGUCAACCAGUUAGCAAAGAGAUAGUAGAAACAAAAUGGCCUUCAUGUGGAAUUCCGUUUGAAAGGAUUCAUAUAGAUUUAUUUUAUUUUGAAUCUAGAACAUUAUUAAUAAUAGUAGAUGCGUAUUCGAAGUUUAUAGAUGUGCGUUUGUUAAAUAUGGCCAAAGCUAACGACAUCAUAGAGCAGAUAGAAUCUUUUUUUGGUUAUUUUGGGAUUGCUCAGGAAGUGGUUACUGAUAACGGUCCGCCGUUCAAUUCUGAAUCAUUUGUGAAUUUUUUGAGAGAGUAUGGUGUAAAAGUAACUAAAUCACCACCGUAUCACCCUCAAUCAAAUGGGUUAGCAGAAAGAGGAGUAAGGACAGUAAAAGAAGUAUUAAAAAAGUUUUUGUUAGAUUCUAAAUAUAAAUUUUUGCCUUUGAGCCGCAAAAUAAGCAAAUUUCUGUUGCACUAUAGGAAUACGCCCACUACGGUUACUAAAGAAACGCCGUCACAGAGAAUUUUUGCUUACAUUCCAGUAACUGUUUUAAAUAAAUUAAAUGCAAAGCAAGUAGAAAAAAAUAAGGAUAACGAAGAUAAUUGUAAAGCGGUCCGUAUUCAUAACAUAAGAAAGGAAAAUAAGUAUAUCGAUUUUAAAAGCGGAGAAAAGGUAGUGUAUAGAAACCAUUUUAAGGAUUUAGUGCGAUGGAUUCCAGCCACUAUUAUAAAGAAAGUUAGUUAUACUACUUACACUGCUAAUAUAAAUGGAAAUAUCAGAUUAGUACACAAAAACCAAUUAAGGAAGCUGAAACGCAAGUUGAAUUAUAGUUAUAUUACUGAAAAGAAUUGGUCUCAAAAUGAUACAUUGUUGAAUACAGAGAAUAAUUAUAAACGCAAACGUAGCGAAUCACAAUCUCCACCCAUUAGGAGAUCAGAUAGAUUGAAAGGUCAACCGCGAUUGAAAUAUUGUAAAUAG